AACUCCAUCAGACACAACCUGUCGCUGCACAGCCGCUUUGUUCGCGUGCAGAAUGAGGGGACGGGAAAGAGCUCGUGGUGGAUGCUGAAUCCGGAAGGGGGGAAGAGCGGCAAGUCCCCGCGACGCAGGGCCGCCUCCAUGGACAACAACAGCAAGUUCGCGAAGAGCAGAGGAAGAGCAGCGAAGAAAAAGCUGUCCCUGCAGGGCGGCCCUGACGGUGGAGCAGACAGCCCAGGCUCCUUCUCCAAGUGGCCCGGCAGCCCAAAUUCACACAGCAACGACGACUUUGAUGCCUGGAACAGCUUCAGGCCUCGGACCAGCUCCAACGCCAGCACCCUGAGCGACCGCCUCUCCCCCUUCAUGCCUGAGGACGACUUCGCCGAGGCGGAUGUGCACAUGGGCUACCCAGGAGCCCCUGGGGCCAAGAUGACAGCCACGCUGCCCAGCCUGACGGAGAUGACGGGAUCUCUGGGUCACAGCUCUGAGAAUGUCAUGGAGAACCUCCUGGACAACCUCAACCUGCUUUCUCCCAAAAACUCACAAGUUGGAGGAGGUGGGACAACCCCCUGCUCCUCCCAGUCCUCACCCUCUAACAUGAUGCAGCAGAGCCCAGGGUACCCUGCGUACAGCUCCCCCAACAUGGCCCCGCAGCCCCAGCAGGAGUACCGCAAGUGUGUGUAUGGCCAAGCGGGUAUGAACACGCUGUCGUCCAUGCCGCUGCAGACGCUGCAGGAGAGUAAACCCAGCUUUGGGCCAGGUCUGGGACAGUACAGCUGCGCUGCAGGGCUUCUGAAGGAGCUGUUGACAACAGACACAGACCAGCAUGGAGACCUCAUGCCCUCAGUGGACUCAGUGGUGUCUCAGUCCAGUGGGGGCUGCAUGCUGCCGCCAUACAGCAGCAACCAGCACCCGGCUAAACUGAUGGGAGGAGGAAACGGACACCCACACGCUCUCUCCCACACUCGCCCUCACAAUGUCCACAACCAGGCCCCAUUAGCAUCACCCGCAAUGAACGGACGUCUGCUCAUGCCCCUGAGCCACAGCGGGGUCACCACUCUUUUGCCUUCAGCCAAAAGCCAGAUGCAGAUGCCUUAUGGCCUCUCCAGCCACCUGAGCGGUGGAGGAGGGAUGCCCGGCGGAUUCUGCCCGCUGAAUACCAAUGGAUACGGACGACCUGGUCUACCACAGCCCUCACACACCGAGAAGCUGCCCAGCGACCUAGACGACAUGUCCAUCGAGAAGUUUGAGUUUGACAUGGAGACAGUCCUCCACGACACUCUGAUGGACGGCGCCCCCUUGGACUUUAACUUUGAGCCGAUGGUGACCCAACAAGGUUUCCCCCACGGAGUGAAGACCACCACACACAGCUGGGUGUCAGGGUAGAAAAGUUCUGUUCAACUAACCUGUUGUUGCUGUUUGGUUGAAAAACAUCAGAACUUAAACGGACAGACUUAAAGGAUCGUACAAACUUUAACGUAGUUUCUACGCCAUCAACAUUUCUUUAUUUUUCCUCACAAUACUCUUCAGAUCUCGUCAGGAGUCUGAAAGCGGCUGGGUCAUCUGAGAUCUGAGACUUCAUCUCCAUUAGUGCCCCUGAACUGGUGAAGAUAAAAACUAUCACAUAUAUGUACAAACUUAGUGCCAAACUGUUUGCCUUAAUAUAAGAGCCAAACUGAAACACACCUCUCUGGUUUACUCCUUAAGGUCAGUGAUAGCAGCAUCACAAUCUGUACAAGUGUUUGAACUCAUACUGUGCUGUUUACUGUGUUUCCACAAUCAAACUUCAUGUACGUACAGAGUAGUGAUAAGUGAUUACCACUACAGGAGGAAUAUGAAGGUAAUCUGGCAGACUGACAUGAUGUAAAGUUAGAGACUUCUCAAGGGAUCCUCGGAUGAUGUUACACAAUAACUCACUUUGUCAUUGCCUGAAUGUACAUAAUGUCAUUGUACACUUUGUAAGAUCAGUUCAUGUAGUGAAUUUUUUUUUUUUUUUUAAAGUAUGUAAAUAGUGUUUACAGAGCGGAAGCAAAAACCAAGGCAGCAGAAAUGAGCUCACAGAAAAAAAAAAAAACUGGAUCCGAUUCUUGUUAAACCCACGUCUGUGUUUGAGGAUUCUUCUUAAUGAGGCUGUAAAACAUGAAUAACCUUUCUAAUUUCUUGUACAUAAGUUAAGAAUGUAUAAUAACAUGAUGUAGAAGAUGUUUACUAGAUUAAGUAUAUAUUUGAGACUAAAUUAUUUGUGGUAAAUAUAUAAAUUUAUGCUGGUGCAUUACCUGCACUCAGGCAUCAGAAAUGUUCAGAGUCGUUUUUCACUCUUGACCUUAAUACCACAGAGGCCUGUUUAUAGUGCCUGACACAGCAGAUUUAGAGUUUUUUAUCGUCAUUUUUAUGGUCCAGAAGAUGCUCAAAUCCAGCAGUUUUAAGAAGUACAGUGAAUUCUUUAUCCACAGUGUCCUUGUUUUGACUUUUCUGUAGGAGUGAAGAAGAAGUGAGUAAGAGUAGGUCGUUUGAGUAAGGGUUUCCUGAACGCAUCACAGCGCUCUGAAUGUGAAGAGGUCGAGGCUCGUUGGUGGAUAAAAGAUAUUCUCAGUGAUACUGUUGUUGUCACAAAGAGGCUGAGUCCAAGACAUGUCUGUGACUGUCGCUAGAGACACUGAGAUAGCAGCCUGACCCCCGCUUCAGCUUCAGAAUCUUUGGACUUCUCUGUUUGGUCUCUAGGUUUUUCGCGUGACUGACCGAUGUAACUCAAAGUUGCUUUCUGCAGAAUCCACUUUUUCUGCUUUUAGUGAGACUCUACUUUCACUCUGUCCCUCCUACCUCUACCUAUCUGUGUCUUUUUCAACAUUUUAUAUAACCCUGACACGUGACUUGAUGGCUCCAAUCAUCUUUUAAAUAACAAGUCUGAUCAUUUUUUUUUUUUAAGAUGCCCUUGAGAAGCGCCACUAAGUGUUAAGUAUCUGAUCAUGCUUGUAUAUUUGCAUUUCUGACUGGCUUUUCUAAGUUCUUGCUGCGCUAACAAUGAGCUUGUCCGUUUAAACUGCCUUUUUGACAUGACAGAUUAUUGUGUGAUUAAUCCAAACACCACAUAUAUAAGUGGGUGUCUGAUUAUGUGUUGAUAAAUGCCCUAAGUAUGUUGGUUUGCAAUGAGGUGGGACUUGUGAUGAGUUCAGGGACAACAAGAGAGGAUGAAAAUCCAAGCUUACAUACUGGAGAGCAGUGAAGGCACAUGAUCUGACACAGCUGACAUUGAGAAAGACAGGGAGCAGAGCAGGUUUAAAAGAGUCAAAUUAAAUUGUUAACAUUUCAAAAGGCCCUCUAUGGACGCCGAGAAAGAAGCUGCUGUUUGGCUUUGGUGCCAGGUGUUGCCUUUUCUUACCCAAACAUGCCACAGUGUACUAUAGCCAAAUCUGCCUUUGAAGUUAAAGUGAUAUAUUUAGCAUUUCUAUCAUGUGAUAUGUUCAGAAAAUAUAUAUAUAUAUAUAUAUAUAUAUAUAUAUUUGUGCCGGUCACUCAAGCCAGGAUAAACUGUAAUGAAUCCAUGUAGUUAGUGUCACAGGGUUCACUUUGAAAGUUAAAGAGCUGUACUAAGUAAAUUAUAUCUCUACAUUUUGAAAUGAUUGAAUCUAUGCAUUGUAUUUCUUAAUUUUGUGUUGCUAUUGAUAUAUUUUCUUUUCCCUUGGAAUUUAUGACAGAGAUAUUUUAUUGUAACAUAGCGCUGUGAGAUAUUAAUGGUGUCGUUGUUGUCAAAACUCUAUGUUCCAGAUAGUUCUUCUAUGGGGAAAAAAUGAAGUUGAUUUAGAAAGUAGAUGAUGCAGUGAUUCAUAUGCUAAGCUUUUGUAAACUGACAAUGUUGUAUUUCUUGUAGUUUUUAGCUACAGUUUUUAGAAAAUAGCUUCAAAAAGCAAAUGACUAGAAAAAGUAAAAAGGUAUAUUGAAUUUUUAAAAAUAAAAAACUAAAUUUUUAGUCUGAAAUGAUGUCCUGCUCAGAACGCAGGCUCUGGACCAAUUUUGUAAUUUUACGAGUAGAAAUAUAUAUAUUUCACUUUUACUUACAUUUUAUAACAAAGUGCUCCUCUGACACGAGGAAGAGUUCCCGUUACACAUUUGAAUAUCAAAUCUGUUACAUUUAACGUAUACACAGAUAUCAAUUGGGCUUAUGCUGUUUGAUUUGCAAUCAAUACCAAUAUGUUACUUGUUCAAUAUUAAUGUAUUAAGACCUGAAUAAAUGUACUUCUGUGUUAAA